AUGGUCUCCCACUCAGGAUCUGCCAGGUUUGCCCUGUUCCUGUUCUGCUGUUCGGGAGCCUUGCUGUCCUCCCAUAUGCAGCAGGAAGAGAGCGGAGUGCCGGAAUCCAGCCAGUACCAGACGCCGUAUUUCGCUCUGAACCCCCAACUGCCAUACAACAUCGACAGCUCAGCCACCUUGCCUUAUUGCAGAGCGAUCAAACCAUUUUUCGGUAACAAAGCUCAAAUUGUUGCCAUCAUAGACCAUCUCAGUAAACUCGAAUUUUGACGUGAACCAGAAACAAAAGUUUCUGUGCCUACAGAUAGCUUUAAAUGUAAAAGCUUCAUCGUGUCUAUUUUAAAAAAGUUUUCAGAGUGCCUGAUCUGUUUAAAUCAUUGA